AUGAUCGCAAGCAAAACAAGGGUGGCGCCAUUGAAGCUAAUAUCCAUACCUCGUUUAGAACUGAAAGCAGCACUUCUAGGUGCUCGCCUCGCCAAACAUGUUAUCGAAUCGCACUCAAUCCACAUUGAUAAAUGCGUUUACUGGUCAGAUUCCCGAACGGUAUUAGCGUGGCUACGAUCCGAUCACCGGCGCUAUAAACAAUUUGUAGCCUUCCGGGUUAGCGAAAUUUUAGAGCUGACCGACGUCAACCAAUGGCAUUGGGUUCCAACUGAGGAAAACGUUUCCGACGAAGCAACCAAAUGGAAUGGUGAUCCAGACUUUUCUAAUGACAGUCGAUGGUUUAGAGGGCCAUCAUUCUUGUACCUCUCGCCUGACAAGUGGGUUAUGUCUGACGAAUUGCAAUGCAUUGCAACUGAAGAACUGCGUCCACAAUUUACUGGCUUUCAUCACCCAACCUCAAAACAGCAUCAGGUAGUACCAGAACCACUGAGAUUUUCAACUUGGAACCGUCUACUUCGUGCAACAGCUUUGACAAUGUAUUGUGUUCGGGUCUGGCUAAGCAUUAUUCGAGAUAAUCAACCUGUUGGUAAUGGACCAACUACUGAAGAUUUUCGUAAAGCGGAAUGUUAUCUUUGGAGAAAGGCGCAACACGACAACUUCGGAGACUCUAUCGCAGCUCUAGAAGCCGGAAAGCCAGUUGACAAAUCCAGCAAUAUUCUGAAGCUAUCACCUUAUCUGGAUGAUCACGGCGUUUUGAGAAUAAAUGGUCGAGUUAAGAUAACAGGGCGACCAGAUCAAGUAUUAUUGCCCUCCAAUCAUCAUGUUACGUACCUUAUCAUUAACCACUUCCAUGUAAAGUACCAUCAUGGAAAUUUGGAAACAGUGGUGAAUGAGAUAAGGCAAUUCUAUUGGAUUAUAAAACUACGAACAGUGGCCAAUAAGAUUCGACGUAUUUGUCAGCAUUGUAAAAACAGAGCAUCUCAACCUCGGCCACCUAUGAUGGCCUCUCUGCCCGCCUUCCGGACCUCAGCAUUUAGUCGACCAUUCUCCUACGUAGGCGUUGACUACUUUGGUCCACUCCUGGUUACGGUCAAAAGAAGUACCGAAAAGAGAUACGGAGUGUUAUUUACCUGCUUAACAACCAGAGCAGUGCAUCUUGAAAUCGCAUACUCGCUCUCGACAGACUCCUGCAUUCUAGCUGUACGUAAUUUUAUGGCGCGCCGAGGUAGUCCGGUAGAAAUAUGGAGUGAUAAUGGUACGAACUUCAAAGGUGCUGAGAAGGAGUUGAAGUUAGCAUUUGAUCUGAUAGAUAAAAAUCACAUCACAAGAACCUUUACUUCUGCUGCAACCAACUGGCGUUUUAUACCACCCGCUUCGCCACAUAUGGGCGGAGCGUGGGAACGAUUAGUUCGGUCAGUAAAGCAGGUGCUUAAACAUAUUUUGACAACUAGCCGUCCCAGUGAUGAACUCCUUCGUGCAGUCUUAAUGGAAGCGGAAAUGACGGUUAACUCUCGGCCAUUAACUUAUAUCCCCAUCGACCACGAAGAGGAAGAAGCACUUACUCCUAACCACUUCUUGUUAGGUAGCUCCAGUGGAGUUAAGCCCAUCGCGGAACCAGUUACUCAGAACAUUUUAUUGCGUCAUAACUGGCAAACAUCGCAGCAACUAGCAAGCGCCUUCUGGAGACGUUGGAUAGUGGAGUACUUGCCCACCAUAACCAAGCGAAGCAAGUGGUUUAAAGAUGUAAAGCCAAUCGAAGUCGGUGAUAUAGCGUACAUAGUUGAUCCUAGUAACCCCCGGAACUGCUGGCCUAAAGGCAAAGUGAUCCAAGUACGAAAGAGUGAAGAUGGAAAGGUUAGAAGCGCCACUUUGAAGACAGCCUGUGGCAUCUUUGAGAGACCUGGCGCCAAAAUAGCCGUUCUAGAUGUGAUUAAUUCGGUACACCCUGAUCAGCAGGAUAUACCGGGGGGGAGUGUUACGAACGAUCUGGCAGCAUGA